UCACGGAGAGAGAGCUGCGAUGGAAGCCACUCCAAUAACGUUAAUCGUGUCGACGUCGCCUGCUUGAAUCGUGCGGCCUGUGAUAUUCCAUGUGCCUCCGGUGUGGACAUUGAGCGUUGCACCCGCGAGGACGUCCAGAUUGGUGCCCAUUGUCACAGUGAAACUGCCAUUCGUCGACACCCCAUCACCCAGCAGCCAAUCGCCCGCCAGAAGGCCCCCCGCCUUGUUGGCCGACGUAAUGUCUGCGGAGCUGUAGUCUUUGAUGCUCAGGGCCGGCUGCGUGCCGCCGAGGGCUGUGUAGCCCUUGACAGACAGCGAGCUCUCCAUCACCGCCUCACUCUGACCCCGCAACCUCCCGACAUGGCUCAGCUUUGAUGGCUGGACCGAUAUGGGUCCAAGGAAAACCGAUGAGCCGUCGACAGACAGAGUGCUGCCCACCUGAUGAAAACGAAAUUCAAUGAGAUACACACAGCCGUCGAUGAUGCAACGACAUGACAUGGAAGGAACGGCGGUUUUGAGUAUGUGCGGAGCAGAAUAGAAUAUUCAUGUCGCUUACACGUAGCCACUGAUUUAUGGAUAGCGUGUAGAGAACAGGAAGGUCCCAGGAGCCGAGAAAUGCACCACCGUACGGUGUCACUUGGAGCACAUCCACAAGAGCUGUGGCCGUCGAGUUGUACACCCUGAAUGUUAUUCGAAGUGUGUUGUCGUACACAAGCGCUACUUGAGGAUCCGUUGCAGUCGAUGAGUCCCACAGAAGCGAGACAGACUUGUCUAGAUACACAGCCGAGCUGAGACUGAGACUCCCAAGGAUCGACGCAUUGUGGUGGACCGUUAGCUGGCUCCUGAGCUCGGUCGGCCCGCCAACAGACAGAGAAGACGCCAGAGACGAUCUGUCGCUAACCGAGAGUAGGCCCGAAAGCACAGCGUCGCCGGAGACGCUAAGGGUGGAGCCGAGAUGAGCAAAUGACAUAACGGAGAGAGAGCUGCCGAUGGUGGCCAUGUCUCGCAGCGACAGGGAGCUGCCGAGGAUGACGUGGUCGAAGACGGACAGGGAGGCCCCCAAACGCGCCACGUUGUGAAGUGAAAGCGACGAACCAAGGCGAGCAACUGACGCCAGCGAAAAACUGCUACCAAGCUCCACAAAUCCACCCACGGAAAGAGAGCUUCCCAGUAAUGUGGCGUCGAAGAUAGUGACUUGUGAGCCCAGAGAUGUCAGCCCACCCACAGAGAGGGAAGAUGCUAAGUCAAAUCGGCUUUCGAUUGAAAGAGAGGAGCCGAGCUGAAGCGGGCCGUCAACAGCCAAUCCGCCGCUGAUGACGCCGUUUUUGUGGACGGACAGCCGAUCGCCCACAUACGUGAGUGAUCUCACGGAGGGAGAGCUGCCGAUGGUGGCCAUGUCUCGCAGCGACAGGGAGCUGCCGAGCAUGACGUGGUCGAAGGCGGACAGGGAGGCCCCCAAACGCGCCACGUUGUGAACCGAAAGCGACGAACCAAGACGAACAAAUGAGCGGACGGAUAGAGUGCUUCCAAUGGCCAGGAGGCCUCCGAGUGCCGUUUGGUCGAAGACUGACAUGGAACUGAAUGUGACGUCUCCCUGGACAGAGAGGUCCGAGCCCAGCGACACGAAAUCCCUCACCUACAGCAACAGCCAAAGACAUUUGUCGGUCUUCUGCGGUCACAAACAUGGCAGAUCGCUCUGCUUACCGAAAGGGACGAUCCGAACGAAACGAAGUCGAAAGCGGACAGGCUCCCUCCGAAACGGCUAGUUCCCGAAAGAGACAUCGAGAAGCCCAGGCGUGUGAAAGACCUCACCGAUAAGGACGAGCCGAAAUCCACACGAUCAAUUGCAGAAAGAGCACCAUUUGCGACCGACCCGCCAAAGACACUCAGGCCGGAACCGAUACUUGUACUCGUGCUCACCGAGAGGGCGUUGCCCUGUCACAGCAGAGACGGAAGGUGACUUUAAUCAAUUGGGAGCUUGUGGGUCGACUUGGACCUCCUCCGGUCACCUGACCAAGAAUGUAGUGGACGCGACACUAAGGCUGCCUCUGACAUUGACGUCAUUCCCAAACAGGGCCUCGUUUCCCACCUGAGGCGGCCAAACCCCAUGAUAUAUAACACAUUUCUUCCAUUGCUCACCGAAAAGUCGCCGAAGAAUCUUGUUCGUGCGGCCACAUCAACAGUACCUAAGACGAGCGCACAGGAUGAGUAAGCGCAUCAACCACACUCAGCCUCACGGUCGAGCACAACACAUCCAUCCUCAAUCCUUUCUGAUCUUCUCCCUUCGAAAGAAACCCACCAGCAACAGAGAUCGAGGCGCCGUAGCGCGUGAGACCCUUCACGCUCAGGUGCUGCGAGAAAUAGGUCGGCUGCAGGAUCGUCAAGUAAUUCGGUCCAGCGGAUAUCUGCGAUACAGGAGAUAUCACCAACACACGACGAACAAGACGUUCGCGCCAAAUAAAGGAAAGGAUGCAGGCGAAACGUGUGAUGCUCCUUGCCUGGUCAAGAUUGAGAGGUACAUAUCGGAGAACCAGGGGGGCUGGACCAACAGUGCGGUCCAGGAGCAUCUCCCAUCUGCGAUCCCCCUGUACUCCACAUGGAAAACAGGAAGGCAAUGAUCUGGGUUCUAUUCGCCAAGAUGCAUCCACCUGCAACGUGAAUGACAGUUUCGGAUCCCCUCGCACAGGGUGCACGUCGAGAGGUCCCGUAACGCUGAUGGUGCCUGAAUGAAUGGCCAAUGAGUACCCAAAGGGCUCAUGCAUCGUGGCCUCUCACCGUCCUCCCGACGAGCAGCCAGCAGAACACAUGCUGGAAGAACCCAGCGAGUACAAACAGCAGGAACGGGAGGCCAAGCCGCCUUCUCAUCCGAGGAAGGGGUUCCCGCGUUUACAGAGAGCGUAAACGAAUGCAUGAUAUUGGACCUAUCGUUUUAGUAAUCGCGAAAACGGUCUUAAACACUAAGCUCUCCACUGUCCACAGCCUGAUCUAAGACUCGAUACAGAAAGACGAAGGCCACCACGGAGUGGAACGAAUCCAACGGGGACGAAUUCGACCAUCAGCCGGUCAUGAAAGCCGUGUCCAGAGCAAGCGUCACAGCCGCGAGAGAGUUCCUUCUGGCUGCUCUUCUGCUCCCGUGUCUGACUCACCGAUGUCCUCUCCGCUGUCUGCAGUUUCGGUUGUGAUAGGGCCAUCACUGCUGACGUCAUCUGUCUGCUGGAACGAUGUAUGUGGAUGGGAAGCAAGGGGAAUGGGCGGGCACACAUCGUGACAAGACACUGUGCGGUACUCCGUCAAUCUGCCGUAAUCCUCGAUUUCUUGGGCCGUCAAUGUGCAGUAAUCGUUCUCCUUGAAGACGUGCUGCACUCGCACCUUAAGGUCGACCUCCUCGUCACACCUGCUGCACUCCUCUGGCUCGACCAAGACGUUGACCCAGGAACACUCCAUUGCUGAUCGAGAACCCACGACAUGGAUGUGUGAGGGGAUUGACAUUGUGAACGACACAUGUACCAGUGUCUCACGUGUUUUGAUCUCCUGUGGAGCUUCGCAAAUGAACGUUUCCUGCUUACGAUCCAGGCUGUACGUUGUCACGCGCCAGCUGAAAGCAGACAGGAUGGAAUGAGAGACGGGUUGUCUUCGACAAUGGUGCUCACUCUCCGUGCUCGGGGGGAAUCGGUGGCGUGAGGAAUCUGAACUUGAUCCACUCGGGCACGACCGUCUCGCUGUUGUUGUGUGGCCGGAUGUAGUCGUACAGGGAUAUAUGCACCGAGUUGGCGGGGCCCUCCUGGUUACCUCUCUCGCCGAGCACCUCACACUUGCUUAUCUUACCGAAAGACUUGCCUCUGCAAAGAAAGCACCGUAGGUGGAAGACCAGGCUUAUUGGCUCACAGUCUUACGUCCAUGAGCACGUUCUGUUUCCGAGGCCGAAAUCGAAACCAGGAGGGGCAUAGAUCUCCAGCUGAGAGCGAGAGAGGCAAUCUAUGCUAUGGCUGGUUCCGCCGUUCUGUGGUCACGAGGAAUGAUUAAUACCUUAUGCGCCUGUUGCACGAGCGUCACCCAUACCCAGACACUUGUGGUUUUACCGGUUUGGGCUUCUCCCUCCAAGUAUAUCGCACAGUCAGCUACGAAACACAGUGUGGGCAUUCACUCGUUUGCACCAUUGAUGGCUGUCUGUCUCCGUUAGCUUACGGCACGUAUCGACACCGCAAGGCUCCUCGUGAAGUAUCUCCUUGGCCGGGGGACACUGCUCGCCCAGUUGGGAGUCAGACUGGCGGGGCCACACUGGAAUCACCUGACUGAACAUCGAUGGUCAUGCGUGACAAGUCGCUUGGCCCGCACCUGUCCUGUUUCCACACCGUAUUCUGGUGAUUCGGCCGAUUCCUCCACAGGGGUACGGGCACAUGCCGUCGCCCCACGGAUAGUAGCGAGCGUCGUAGCGCUGCCAGUCGGUGUAUCGGCACUGAUACUCUGACACAUCCGAUCAUCACAAGCGGGGAUGCGUGUCAUUGGCCCGUCGGUCUUCUGCUCUGACCGCAUGGCUUGAUGUGCUCAGGGUCACAAGGCAGCCGUCUUUUGGCAACGUUGUCUUCUUCGUCCCAGUACGCGUUGCCUGUCCCCUUUUGCAGGUCAGGAUGCUCUUCACAGGACAAACCAUCACCCUAGACGAAGGACAAGCACAAUUGAACACCCCAGACUCACAUUCUCUUUCAAUCUGUCUUUACCAUUGGCGGCACUUCGAUGGUUCGAAUGUCGAUGCGAAAAGCUUUGAUCCCAUGUUUCGCCUCUCUCCCUUCUGCUGUCAGGCACGCUGCAGUGCAGCUGCGAAAAAACACCGACCGUAAGCGUUUAUCGAGUGCAUUUCACUGACGCUCACGGCACGAUGUUGGUCCAUUCGCUCAGCUGACAGUCAACAGCUGCAGCCAUACAUACACGGUAGAGACACAGGCAAUUUGGCUGAUCACCACGCUCUUAUUUUUACCGCAUUCUUUGCUGUUUGCGCAAGGCACCUCUCGCACUGGGCUGCCGCAACUCUCAGGAUUGUGAGUGGGAGCAGACCAAAGAGUUCUCUUCUGGAGAAAGUAACCUCCAGCUGAAAAGGUGCAAGUGGAUGUCCCCACCAGCCGGUGUCAACGGAUGCUGAUGGAGACUUACGGCCACAAGUGACGGAGCACUUCGUCACGGUCUGCCAUUCGCUCCAUUGACAGCGAUCCUCUGGAGACAGAGACAGGGACACAAAUGCACUUGUUGUGACGGGCGCGUAUACCCCUGCCGACCUUCGUGCAGGUUGGUGUUUGGGGCCCUUUCAAACAGGCGAUGGUGGCUAUGGAACUCAAAGAACGCGAUCCUGGGAAGGGAUGAGUGAGCCGCGAAAGCGAUAGGAAAAAGGUCAAAAGCCAUGAGACCCGUACCAGUGAUUUACCAGUGAUUCCUCUCAUUGGAAGAGUCCAGCGGCAU